AUGUGCAAUCUGCGACAUAACGAAAAUCAUCAUGUGGUCGAUCCAUCUUUCUCACUUAAUAAAAAUGGUCCUUCAGCUGAAUAUGAACAAGCAAUCAAUUUUUUGGAGAAUGGUUGUGGUUGUGGUUGCUCAGCCAAAGUUCCAAAAGAAAGAUUGGCUGAAUUACAUGAGGCCUUUCAAGCUCUUUCUAAACCAGAACAAGAUAUUUUCUUAAUGGCUCAAUUAAAAGCAAUGGAUGGUGGUGUAAUAAGUACUAGCCGACGUCUGAAAAAUAAAAUUCGUGCUAACAAAAACCUUUUACCAUUGAAAUCAUAA